AUGGCCAGCACCGUAGGAAAGACCAUCACUUGCAAGGCUGCCGUCGCAUGGGCUGCUACUGAACCUCUGUCGAUUGAGGACAUUGAGGUUCUUCCCCUCGUGCCCACGAGGUGCGCAUCCAAGUUCACCACACUGGUGUUUGCCACACUGGACCCCGAGGGCGCCUUCCCCAUCGUCCUCGGCCAUGAGGGCGCUGGUAUUGUCGAGUCUGUUGGUGAAGGGGUGACUUCGGUCAAGCCCGGCGACUACGUCAUCGCGCUCUACACUCCUGAAUGUCGCGAGUGCAAGUUCUGCAAGUCUGGCAAGACUAACCUCUGUGGUAAGAUUCGCGCCACCCAGGGCAAGGGUGUGAUGCCCGAUGGAACUACACGGUUCAAGGCCCGUGGCAAGGAACUGCUGCACUUCAUGGGCUGCUCUACCUUCUCCCAGUACACCGUCGUGGCCGAUAUUUCCGUUGUGGCCGUGACCCCCGAUAUCCCCACCGACCGCGCCUGUCUCCUCGGCUGUGGUAUCACUACCGGCUACGGUGCCGCUGUGCAGACGGCGAAGGUCGAGGAAGGUUCUACCGUUGCCGUCUUCGGUGUCGGUUGUGUCGGUUUGUCUGUUCUCCAGGGCGCUGUCAAGAACAAGGCCUCCAAGAUCAUUGCCGUUGAUGUCAAUGACGGAAAGGAGUCAUGGGCGCGCAAGUUCGGUGCCACCGAUUUCGUAAACCCAACUAAGCUGUCUGGCAAGACCAUCCAAGAGCACCUCAUCGAGAUGACUGACGGUGGUUGCGACUACACAUUCGACUGCACUGGUAAUGUCGGUGUCAUGCGUGCCGCUCUUGAGGCCUGCCACAAGGGUUGGGGUCAGAGCAUCGUCAUUGGUGUGGCGGCUGCGGGUCAGGAGAUCUCCACUCGCCCAUUCCAACUGGUCACCGGUCGUGUGUGGAAGGGAUGUGCCUUCGGUGGUAUCAAGGGCCGUUCCCAGCUGCCGGGUUUGGUAGACGACUACUUGACCGGCAAGCUCAAGGUGGACGAGUUCAUCACUCACCGUGAGCCUCUGGCCAACAUCAACACUGCUUUCGAGCAGAUGAAGCUGGGUGACUGCGUGCGCUGCGUGGUUGACCUGAAGUAA